UCGAGCCCCGCGCUCCGCCGCCGCCUCGCCACCCACCCCUGCGCCCGCCAGCCUCGGGGACCGCGCCGCCGAGCCCGGGCCCCCUCCCUCGGCUGCAGCGGGCCGGGGGCGGGUCCUGGCGCCCACCAUGCGGGGAGAGCUGUGGCUCCUGGUGCUGGUGCUCCGGGAGGCUGCCCGGGCGUUGAGCCCCCAGCCCGGAGCAGGUCAGGAUGCAGGCCGAGGCUCUGGAUGGGCCGCCAAGGGGACCAUGCUGGGCUGGCAUCGGAGAGCCCGAGAGAGCCCUGGGCCAGUGUCGGAGCCAGACAGGACCCAGCUGAGCCAGGACCUGGGCGGGGGCACCCUGGCCAUUGACACGCUGCCAGAUAACAAGACCAGGGUGGUGGAGGACAACCACAGUUACUAUGUGUCCCGUCUGUACGGCCCCAGCGAACCCCGCAGCCGGGAGCUGUGGGUGGAUGUGGCUGAGGCCAACCGGAGCCAAGUGAAGGUCCACAGAAUCCUCUCCAACACUCACCGGCAGGCUUCGAGAGUGGUCUUGUCCUUUGAUUUCCCUUUCUACGGGCAUCCUCUGCGGCAGAUCACCAUAGCAACUGGAGGCUUCAUCUUUACUGGCGACGUGACUCAUAGGAUGCUCACAGCUACUCAGUACGUGGCCCCUCUGAUGGCCAAUUUCAACCCUGGCUACUCCGAAAAUUCCACAGUUGCUUACUUUGACAACGGGACAGUCUUUGUUGUUCAGUGGGACCGUGUCUACCUCCAAGGCCGGGAGGACAGGGGCAGCUUCACCUUCCAGGCAGCCCUGCACCGUGAUGGCCGCAUUGUAUUCGGCUACAAAGAGAUCCCUAUGUCCGUCCUGGAAAUCAGCUCCUCCCAGCACCCCGUCAAAGCCGGCCUGUCAGACGCCUUCAUGACUGUCAAUACAUCCCCGGACGUGCCAGAAUCCCGGCGGAGGGCCAUCUUUGAAUACCACCGCGUGGAGCUGGACCCCAGCAAGGUCACCAGCAGGUCGGCUGUGGAGUUCACCCCAUUGCCAACCUGCCUGCAGCAUCGGAGCUGCGACGCCUGCGUGUCCUCGGACCUGACCUUCAACUGCAGCUGGUGCCAUGUCCUUCAGAGGUGCUCCAGCGGCUUUGACCGCUACCGCCAGGAGUGGCUCUCCUACAACUGUGCCAAGGAGGCAGAGGGCAGGACGUGCGAGGACUUCCAGGACGAGGACCACUACUCAGCUUCCCCUGACAGCUUCAGCCCCUCCGAGGGAGGCGUCAGCACCACCUCCUCCCCCCUCUUCUUGGACGGCCUCACCACAGAAGAUGACACCAAGCUGAAUCCCUAUGCAGGAGGAGACGGCCUUCAGAACAACCUGUCCCCCAAGACCAAAGGCCCCCCGGUGCACCUGGGCACCAUUGUGGGCAUCGUGCUGGCAGUCCUCCUCGUUGCGGCCAUCGUCCUGGUGGGGAUCUACAUCAGCGGCCACCCCACUUCCAAUGCUGCGCUCUUCUUCAUCGAGCGGAGAUCUCACCACUGGCCGGCCAUGAGAUUCCGCAACCACCCCAACCACUCCACCUACACGGAGGUCGAACCCUCAGGCCACGAGAAGGAGGGCUUUGUGGAGGCGGAACAGUUCUGAGAGCACCAAGUCGCCCCUUGGAAGGCUGAGACGGAAGACCCGGGGACCCCAAAAAAGACGAAUCGAAACAAAGCAGAGAAGUGAUUUGUCCUGGUCUCCUCUGAACACACCCUGGCUGGGAAGAUGGGACGGUGGUUUGAUGUGCCAGAGCUACAAUGUGGCCAUCACACCCCAAUAUUGAAGCAAGGGCAAAAAAGCAACCACAUUGAGUUUUUUAAUGAACAAUAACCUAAUUUCAUCUUCUGUUGAUACAUGGGGUCUCCUUUUCUGGGGUUCUCAAUGGUCUACUCAGUAGCUGCCCCAGAGGUCCCCUCCCACCUAGAGAUGACCAGAUGCUCUGCUUCUGGUCACCUAAUACCCCUGCGCAUGACACAAGAGAACUGAGCUCUCAGUUGGGGCCGCCGCAUUCCAGGGUCCAUAGACUCAAGAGCUGGUCCUCGCGGCUAUGGAUUCGGCGCAUUCAGCCCCUGCUUCUGUGACUCUGGAUAUCUGGGGAAGGAGUUCUGGCCAUCUGCUAAAGACAGGUACAGCUGCUCUACAGCCUUUGUCAAGCUGCCAAAUGGAGGAAAACCAAAGGAGAGGAAAGAACUUGUGGGGAAAAUGGCAAUUUUAGGCUUCGCUCUCUCAACUUGCCCUUUCUGCUGAGAACCAGCACUUCUGCAUCGGACGUGGGUGCAGCCCGUUUACCUCAGCUGUGGUCCAGCCUCGGCUGGCCAAGCCAUCAGGGGCUGUUUAUUCCAGUGGCACGUUUGGUGUCCAUUGUGUUCACUGGCCUUUUUCCUCUGUCAGUGCCAGUAAGGACCACCCAAGGCAGAGCUUUCCUGAUUACUAUUUUUCCUCCUCCAAGCUGUAUUUUCAUCACCAUUAGAGAGAAACAGGGUGGUUUAUGGAGACAUAUCCAGCAGGGAACUUCAGUAGGCAUGUGUUGAGAAUCAAAGCCACUAGAACAGCUGGGACAGAGGACACUUACACAGGAAGGAGGGACCUUCUGUGUAAAAUCUUGAUCUGGAAAAUUGCUUCCAUCUUCCCAGCUCGGCUGGAAGUUUUGGGAGCAGAGCUUUUAGGCUCCCAAACGUAAGCUGGUUUUAAGGGAAUUCUGUCCCAGAGAUGAGUUGGAGCUGCUUCUGCAGAGCCAUUAAAAUGAAAAUCUAUAGCUCACCCUCAUCCAAAGUAAAAAAUAUCAGCAGUAAAUAAAUGGUAAAUCAUAGUCUUCACUUAGUCACAGCCUUUCAUGCAUGUCACUGGAGAUGCUGCAAAGGAACAAGUUAAAUACCUGGCCUCCUGAGGGGGGCAGGGUUCAGGAGCCCACAAAUAACCAGACACAGCCACACACUUGACGGUGGUCUUCUUGACACUCCAUGGUGUAUCCAUGGUAAGGACGCUAAUGACAAUCAAAGUAGGAAACUUGCUGGACCUCAAAACCAGAGAGCUAUGGGGAGAGCUAAGGGGAGGGUCGGAAUUUGAGAAAGAAAAAAGAUAGUGCCACAGAGUGAAUAGGGUUCUUUUCAAAUUUCUGAGGGACAGAGGGUCUGUAACAGGGCUGUCUUACUGAGAGAAGCACAGCCAGGCCCCGAAGUGACCUGGGCUCCCAGCGCUCCUGGCCGGCAGGAGGGUGACUUUUGCUCUUGCCUGGCCAGCAAAGCAUCUAUGAACUUUACGUGUCUAAUUGGCCAGUGGGACGGUUUCUGUUGUGGCCAAAUGCCAUGCACAGCACCAUUUGCCCCACUCCCAAACCCAGCACACCUCUUCCCAGUGGGAGCUCUGCCAGCUGUUCUGGAUUCCUGAACGGAAGGAACAGGGAGAUCAGAGAAAGGGGCGGUGCCGCGCUGAGGCCACAGGUGAAGAAAAAGUGCCAGGUGCCAUGGUGGCUGGGGUAGAGGAGCCUGGCUAACCCCUGGGACGACAGCGGGGAGGGCAGUGGAGGUGUCUGGCAGCAGGUUGCCUGGUUUGUUUACAACAAAAAGAACUAAAGAUGUGUCAUUAAGAGAGGCCUCCGGACAUUAAGAGUCUCUGGAUGUCUCAAGCCAGAAUGUGUAGUCCAGUGCUCCCAAGAAAGAGAGCUAGGCACUCACAGAGUUAAGGCUGGGUCCCGGCUAUCCUCAGGGUCUCUCUCAGGAGAUCAGCGUUUCUUAGACCCUGGAGUUUGAUUCCUGGGCUUAGAGCAGGUUAGCUGGGUAGCUGUGGAGAGUGACCGGGAGAGGACAUCAAGGUCUCAUGGUCAACUCUCCGAGUUUGGCUGGCAGUCCAGGAAGGCAAAGUAGCACUUCACAUACUGUGCAUGACCAACCACAGAGAGCUUGUGGAUCUCCAGGUCCCUCUGCCCCACAGGCAUAUACAGCCUCCAGGAGAGCAGGUGGUUGGCAGGUACCUUCCCCACGUGGCAUCUCUGGGCAUACUCACAGAGAUCCCCCUGGAAGGUAGGAGGUUAAGGUCCACGAACAUUCAUCACUGUGACCGGAAGUUUUAACCCUGUGAGACAGGGCUUUGAGGAGCUGUCUGUCAUACCCACAAAUCAGAAGGCCUCAGGAAGGCUCUGUGUUACCUACUCUUAAGAGAGCCAACAAGGACAUAGGAAUAAGAAGAGGAAUGAAGCGGCUAAGUGUGAGAGGGGACCCUGGAUCAGUCUGUAAGCACAGCCACAUUCGCUUAAUCGGCUGCUCUUGGAUUUGUGGAUUUGUCUAGUAAGGUCCCAGGGGUUUCUGCUUCUAGGACAAGAGUGCCUACGACCUCAGCCAUCAGCCUUAGCGCCCAGGAAUGCCCCAGGGAGCAGACAGGGUUUCCUUGUUUGACUGCCCACCCCCUCCCUCCAUAAUCAGGUAUCUCCCACUCAGCCCAGCAGACCCCUGACUCUGGAAGCCCCUUCUCCAGGUCCCAACCUGAAGCCUGAAGUUUAAAUGUCCUUUUGUCUGAGAGAUUACUGAUGGGCCCAUGGAAACAAUUUUUGAAAUGGUUGUGUUUUACCAUAGCUUCCCUGUGUAAUGUAUCCCAGUGUGUGUGUAUAUAUAUAUAUAUAUUUAGGCAUCUAUAUGUAUACACACAUGUGCACAUUAUGGCUAAAAACAUUGGAUGAACCUGUAGUGUGCUCAGCCUGUAGCUUGGUUAGUUAAAUUAAGACGGUGGCAAAAGCUGCCAGCCAACCACACUACCUGAAAAGCAGAGUGUCCGCCACUUGAGCUAAUCACUCAUCUGGUUGUGUGCAGGGCUGACACUCUGCUCUUCCCCGGGUCCUGGAACAGGUAACAGAUUUUCUCAGAGCACUGACUGGGACUGCUUGCAGACUCCCUGGCCUUGGGAAGCGACACCAGGUAGAGUCGCAAAUAAAAUGCACCCAAUCUCUCUCUCUUUCUCUCUGUUCAUCCCUGUUCCCCUCCUCCCAACAAAAACCUACCUGAAUUUACAGUACAAUUAGAAGGAUCUGGCGAUUCAGGGCACCCUGGCUCUCCUAAAUGCAAUGUGCUCACUUACUUAGUGUGAAUUCUAUGCAUGGGUUCUCAAGUGUUAAUAAUAAAAGGCAACAUUCUUUUAAUACCUGUUUUGUGCAAGGUAAACUACAAAGGUUUUGGAGUGACACUCUGCACUUGCCAUACAUACCUUAGUCCUGAGAAGAGAUAUCUUCUCUAACGACCUUCACUAAGGAGCAUAGGAACAGCCUCCAGCAAUCUACUCAGCGGGGUGCCUCUCAGUCCCACCUCCAGAAGAAGCAACCGGGAAAGAGGUAGGCCCCAGCUAUUUAUUUGAGGUUUGUAAAUCCCUGGAAGUAAACCUCACAGGCUUCUAACCUACUAUCUUGAGUUACAAAAUAAAUCUAUAUAAGUUGAUCC